AUGUCGCUCUUUACCGCGCAGCUUUAUCCUGGCCGAGCACUAGGAUUCCUAGUCCUCGGCGCAACUCUUCACGAUGUCCUUACCCGUCUUAAAGCUGAACCCCAACGCUUCCAGAAGAUCGAGCUACUUUACUCCCCUGACCGACCUGUCACCGAACCCGUUGGCGUCGAACUCCCUGGGAAUGGCAUACGAUUAAGAUUUGACGGCCCCGAACAGCGUCUGCGUCUUGUCGAGGUUACCGACUUUACCAAGAAUCACAUUACCUUCAAAGAGCGAGAUCUUGUAAAACCAUCUGCUGGUACCCCUGGAUCUCCUUCAUCAGGCGACUCGACAUCAGGACCGACUUUCCGACAUAUAUACCAUAAACUUCUCGGCCCUACGUACGCCGGUGAAUUUAUUCCGCCAUCUAGUGGACACGAUAAUGGCAUCUAUGUCUUGUCCUAUCCCGGUGUUGCCUUUAACUUCGCACUUAAUCCUUCCGAGUACUCGCCCGAGAAAGACGUAGUGUCGACUUUCGCAUCGGCAUCUAGUCAAGUCGCAACCUCGAUGGCUAUCUUUAGUGGUGAUUCCUGGGCUGAUGCUAGACCGACUCUUUGGACUGAGAUUUUGCCCAGCAUCAAGUCAACCACCGUGAUUCCUCGAGGUAAAGAUGUCUACCCCGACGAAAUUUCGCUUGUUCGAUUACAUGGAGCUGGAAAGAUUCAGCUUUUCAGGAAAUGGACCAGCAACUCUUUCUGGAUCACCCUUGGCGAGACGACACCUCAAGAUCUCCUCAUGGAGUUGGGGCCUCCGAAUGCCAUUUAUCGCAAGAAUGAUCAGAAAAUGGUUAUUCAUAAGAUGCGUACCGCAAGCAACGCCAAAGGUCGUCCAGAUGCUGCUGAUAUAGGCCGACCUGAAGAUCUCACCGAUACCGAUCAGUCUUCCAUGCACGAGGGGUCUGAUGCGUCCGACAAUGAAGAAGCCGUCGAUGAUCAGAUCGGUCUUAACACAAACGGCGAAUGCUUCUAUAAUUAUUUCUAUCUUGGGUUCGACAUAUUAAUAUCGACUCGUGUACCCCCGUCACAAGCUCCUCCUGGUAGCUUAGGCAGCGAAGCAGGAGGUCAGAACGGCAUCAUAUCCCAUUCUCCCGAUCGAUUAGUAGCCACAAAGCUGGUUCUACAUGGUAACAUACCUGGCUCAUACGAAUUCAAUCGUCAUCGCCGUUGUCGCUGGGAGAUCGCUUACCUGGACUCUCUAAAUGAUGGCAACGGACCGACAGAUUCAGAAACGCCUUUCCCACAAAUAGAGGACCGUAUGAAUGCUGCAUGGGCAUCUGCAUUCCCACCAAGCGACUCUAAGCAAAGACAACGCGGCAUGGUUCUUAAUCGUGGCUGGGGCGAUAGUCCAGGCAGUAGUUGUGAGUUCUUGGGAGGGUGGGAGGAGAGCGGCGCAAGGAGAGCAGAAACAAACGGUGAUUCCACGACCACGCUGUAUGGUUUCCCAGGGCUGGUAUUUGAAGUUUUGAAGAAUGGGCAUGUCAACACUGUCACAGUGUUUUGA